CUCACGCUCUAUUCCACGCGAUCAGAUUGGGUCCUAGUUUUCUUAACAUUGAAACGACAAAGAUCAUUAUGAACAAGGGUGGGAUUCUGUCUAGAUACUUUAUCCAAAAACUUUAUGAUUCCUAUGGUGUUUACGAUCCUGAAUUAUUGGAAGAAAAGUUAAAAACAGAUCCAAAUUUAAAUAAAGAUCAAAAUAAAAAAUGGUGUAGUGAUUUAUCUUUUGAUGUUUUUAUUUUGCUUUUAAAUAAAGCAAAUAUUCUUUAUGGUGAUAAAUUAAAUCUACAAGGAAAUGAUAUGGAGUUAUUUCAUUAUAAAACUGGUGGAUCGUAUCAUAUUAAUAGAGCUCCUCUUGUCAUGGAAAGUAAUAUCAAAAAUAUUGAAAGUUUGAUAAUUAAUUUUAAAUUUAUCCCAUUUCCUCCGAGAAUUAAUAAUGGAGAAGAAGGAGUGAAUGUAGCUUAUCCUUCUUUUGAUGGUUUUGAAAAUAAUAAACAAUUAAAUGUUAUUGCUAGAAGUAUAUUAUUAAAUCUAAAACUUGUUAAUCUUUGGAAAAGUAUUGGUUAUCAUGAUAUCUGUAAUCAUGUAAAUAGUUUAGUGAUGCAAGGUGCGAUGCUUAUUCUCUUUCCACCACAUGUAGGAUUUAAGCUUGAUAAAGAAAUUCUCGAUAAACGAUUAAAAGAACUUGUUAAUAUAGGAUUUGUUUUAGACAAUAAAACAAUCUUGGAUAUUUUCAAACUUUAUAAACAUAGGUUGAAUGAAGUUGGUGAUGUUUUUUUAAAUUCUUUUAUUGAAAUAUCAAACAUGGAAAAACAGAAAUUCAUUUCAAGUCUCUUAAUUGAUUCUAUGGGAAUGGAGGGUAAUCAAGAAAUAUUUGAUUUCAUUUCCAAAUAUCUUCACGAAUCACUUUUGAUAAAUUUUAAUUUUAAUAUGAUUUGA